GGUUCGCCUCAUUCUGUUCGAGACCGUUCGUGAGGUAGUGUCGUAUAUUUCACAGCGAAAGAAAAAAAACUGAUCUGGUGAUGCCGCCAAAAGCUAGUGGUAAGGCCGUAAAGAAGGCUGGAAAAGCACAGAAAAAUAUCAGUAAAACUGAUAAAAAGAAAAAGAGGAAGAGGAAGGAAAGUUACGCCAUUUAUAUAUAUAAAGUACUCAAACAAGUUCAUCCUGAUACUGGAAUAUCCAGUAAAGCUAUGAGUAUUAUGAAUAGUUUCGUCAACGACGUUUUCGAACGCAUAGCUGCCGAAGCUUCGAGAUUGGCUCAUUACAAUAAACGCUCGACUAUAACUUCUCGAGAGAUACAAACUGCUGUUCGACUUUUACUUCCAGGUGAACUCGCUAAACACGCAGUUAGCGAAGGCACCAAAGCUGUCACCAAAUACACUAGUUCAAAAUGAAUUUACAUACAGAUAUUUUAAACGGCCCUUUUAAGGGCCACAGAUAAUUUAUUUACGUUGAAUAUUUUCUCCACAUAAGAUCCUUUUUUUGUUUGAAUUAAUCGUUUGUUCGAUUAUUCGUUAUUG